AUGAGGAUGCUUAAGCUCCUCCGAAAUCUAACCGGCACCCCUGAGGAUGGGUUUCCUCAGUUCUCGAAGCUCCCGCAAGAGCUACAAGAUACGAUUUGGGCAUUUUCAUCCACCUCAGGUCAGCUACAAAACCUCUGUUUCCAUCCUGUCGGUGGCAUGUGUCGCCGACAUACGCAUCUCUUGAGAAUCCCUAAACUGGCUCUAUCCCAAGUCUGCCGAGUAUCCCGAGCUCAAGCGGCCAAGGACUCUAUCUUUGUUUUCAGCUGCGACAUGGUCCGAGUUGACCGAAGACUGCUCAAGUCUCCCGCUUUUCGCGAACUGUGCGGCUCAAUUCGCAUCCUUGCCAUCAACCCUUGUUACCUCCAAUACCAGCCCAGAAUUCUGGAUGUUAUCGCCGACAAAACACUUUUCCUGCGACUCAGGACUGUCUGCACUAUGUACAGCAUCUUUGGAACUCCGCAGCACGCCCUGUCAAACAGGAAGCUGUCUCUUUACCGGAAACCCCCACGCCUCAAUCUCGUAGCCGCAAACGGUCUCCUUCUUGCAAACGUAGCACCCCCACUUGGCAUAACGCCCAGGACCACACACGAAAAUCUAAUCCCGACAUUGAAUGCCAUCUGGAAGGAGAGAGCGAGUAAAGGUCCGGAAGAGUCGCAGAGGGACGUUGGGUCGUCUCGUGACGUUGCAGGCGCGGAGGUGAUAAUGGACGUGGACAAUAAUGAUUUGCCCAGAUUCGUCGCUGUUAAUUUCGUUGAAGGGCCGCAGAGCCGGAUCGAAGCGAUGAAGUACGUGGUGAAGUAUGUUUGGGAUAAUUGGGGUCUAGGAAUCAUCUAUAUUACGAGUAUUCCUUCCUUGAUCAGUGGGCCAGUAUUAGUAGUUCUAGGCCAUAAACCAACGGGUUUCCUGCUAUUAGCUAUCGGCACAGCAGCGUUGGUAUGGGGCAUGAUAGUUUGUUCGAACGUGUAA